AUGACAAUGAAAUGUGCAAAUCAUCAAAGAUCAUUUGAAUUCAUUUGUUAUCAAUGUAAUUGUUUGAUGUGUUCAAAAUGUAUCUUCAAACAUAGCAAAGAUCAUCCUGAUCAUGCAGAUAAAAUGGAAGAUAUCGAUGACAUCAAACAUUCAUUAAGUACAUUAAAAUUAGAUGAUAUUAUUGACACCACAACAACAACCAAUAAUCAUAUUAAUAAUGAUAGUGAUAAUAAUAGUAAUAGUAAUGAUAGUACUAAUGAUAAUAAUUGUACUAAUAAUAGUAAUAGUUUCAAAUCACAAAUCAACAAUAAACUUAAAUCUCUUUGGGAAUCAUUAAGAUCAUCGACAUCCAGAUAUCAAAGAUUAUCAACAACAGAGAAUGAAAUCAAACAACACUUUGAACAAUUACAUCAAUAUCUAAUCAUAGAAGAAAAAAAACUAAAUAAAGAUAUAAUCAAUGAUAAACAUACAAUCACAAAUCAAAUCGAUAAUAAUGUUAAUCAUUUAAAAUAUUUAAUAAAUAUUAUCAAUAUAUUUAAUAAAUUAAAUAAUAUUAAUAAUAGUGAUGAUAAUGAUAGUGGUAAUGGUGAUAAUAGUAAUAACGAAGAUAAGUCAAUUAUAACAGAUACAACAACAUUAUAUUCAACAAAAACAAUAAUGGAAUCAAUAACAACAAGUUCAUCAUUACAAUCAUUCAUCAAUCAUAACAAUCAAACAUUAUUCAAUGAAUAUAAUAAUUAUUUCAAUAUUGAUGAACUUCUCAAACAAGAUUCCUCAGAUUCAUCAUCAUUAUUAUUAGAUAUCAUUCAUAAAUACAACAAUCAAUUCAAUGAAUCAACAACAAACACAGACAAUAAUAACUUAAGAUUAUCAUCAUAUAAAUUAUCAAUCAAACAACCUGAUUUCAAUCAAUUGAAUUCAAUCAUUAAACAAUCAAUCAAACUUGAUCUAAUUAAAUCAACUGAAUCACCAAUAAAUACAACAACAACAACAACAAACAACAAUGAUAAUAAACAAUCUUAUAUUUUCACAACACACCGAUUAAAAGGAGCAACACUGAUCAACACAUCAAACAACAAUUCAAUUGAAGAAUUAAAGUUUGAUUAUCAAUUUAAUGGUACAUACAACUCGAUUGUUUCAAUUGGUGAAUAUAUCUAUGUAUUCGGUGGAGCUUACAAUCGAAACAAAUGGAUUAAAAUAUCAAUGAAAUCGAAAUCAAUUGAACAUAUUGGUGCUACCGAAGGAAUCAAAGGUGAUCAAAAUAUAUCAGUUUGUUAUGAUGGUCAAGAUCAUAUCUAUUUGGUGAAUGGUGUUAAUAUAAAUAAUAGAAUAGAUCGGUUCAACAUCAAAACAAUGAAAUUUGAAUCAUAUCAUCAAUUAUCCGAUGUAUACGGUGAGCAAGUAUCAUCAAUCAUAUUCAAAGGUUCAUUAUAUUCAGUAUCAUACAAUCAAAAUAAGCUAUUUCAAUUCGAUUUGACAAAUAGAACGAUAACAGAUCAUCAAAUUGACAUCAAACCAUACUCAGGAUGUCAUGAUAACAAUGGAAAUUUCUUCAUAUUAGAUAUGACAAACAAACGAUUCAUCAAAUACAAUGUUGAAACCAAACAAACAAUCAAUCUCAAUGCUGAUCAUCUAUUAUGA